UUUAGUUUCGUUUUCUUUCCGCUACAAAAUGGCGGAAGAUAUAUCAAUGGUUCCUAUGUGAAGGAGUUGAGGUGACGUGUCUUCCAUUUUCCAGUUUCCCGGCAGUGGUUUUACAAGAUGAAUGCUUUUAAACGCGAUAAGAAAGAGGAAGAAGAUGUUCCUUGUAAACAGAUUUAAACGACUGCUCGUCGUGGAAGAUAAUUUUUCUCCAAUGAAUUCUUUUAUUUCACGUGGGGGAAACCCUUUCCAAAAUCUAGAGAAAACGACGGUUCUCCAAGAAGCUCGUACUUUCAACGAUACUCCAGUUAAUCCAAGAAAAUGUGCUCACAUUCUUACGAAAAUUUUGUAUCUAUUAAAUCAAGGAGAACAAUUGGGUACAAUGGAAGCAACAGAAGCAUUUUUUGCUAUGACCAAGUUAUUCCAGUCCAGAGAUGUUGUCCUAAGAAGGUUGGUCUAUCUAGGCAUCAAAGAAUUGAGUUCUUUGGCAGAAGAUGUGAUUAUAGUUACUUCAAGUUUGACAAAGGAUAUGACUGGAAAAGAAGAUUUAUAUCGAGCUGCAGCAAUAAGAGCAUUAUGUACCAUUACAGAUGGUGGGAUGUUAGCAGCUAUUGAACGUUAUAUGAAACAAGCUAUUGUAGAUCGUUCUGCUGCUGUAUCCAGUGCAGCUUUAGUUUCUACUUUACACUUGACCAAUGUAUCUGGAGAUGUUGCACGUAGAUGGGCAAAUGAAGCUCAAGAGGCAUUAAAUUCUAAUAAUGUGAUGGUUCAAUAUCAUGCUCUUGGUGUCUUGUAUCAAGCACGUAAAGCAGAUAAACAUGCUGUAAUUAAGUUAGUUGCUAAGCUUAUGAGAACAAGUCCAAAAAGUCCUUAUGCAGCAUGUAUGUUAAUUAGAAUGGCAUGUAAAUUAUUAGAUGAGGUUGAUAAAGGAGAAGAACUGUUAGGAUUUAUUGAAUCUUGUUUACGUCAUAAAUCAGAGAUGGUGGUAUAUGAAGCAGCACAUGCCUUGAUCAAUCUUGGGAGAAGUUGCACAAAAGAAAUAACUCCUGCUAUUAGUGUUCUUCAAUUAUUUUGUGGAUCUCAAAAGCCAGCCCUGAGAUUUGCUGCUGUUAGAACUUUAAAUAAAGUUGCUAUGUCUCAUCCAACAGCAGUUACUGCAUGCAAUUUAGAUUUAGAAAAUUUAAUUACUGAUUCAAACAGAUCUAUUGCUACAUUAGCAAUUACUACCCUAUUAAAAACUGGAGCAGAAAGUUCAGUAGAUAGAUUAAUGAAGCAAAUCGCUACUUUUGUAUCGGAAAUUUCGGAUGAGUUUAAAGUCGUAGUUGUACAAGCUAUAAGGGCUCUCUGUCAAAAAUUCCCUCGAAAACAUGCAGUUUUAAUGAAUUUUCUUUCUGCUAUGCUAAGAGAUGAAGGAGGACUUGAAUAUAAGGCAGCAAUUGCAGAUACAAUAAUAGCUGUCAUGGAAGUAAAUGCUGAAGCAAAGGAAGCUGGUCUAGCUCAUCUUUGUGAAUUUAUCGAAGAUUGCGAGCAUAAUUCACUCGCUGUUCGCAUUCUUCAUUUACUUGGUCAGGAAGGACCAACUUCAAAACAACCAUCUCGAUAUAUACGUUUUAUUUACAAUCGUGUAAUUUUGGAAAGUGCCAGUGUUCGUGCUGCAGCGGUUACUGCAUUAGCACGUUUUGCCGCAGCAUGUUCACCAUUAUUGCCAAAUGUGUUGGUUCUCUUAUCGCGGUGUCAAUUGGAUUCAGAUGAUGAAGUCCGUGAUCGUGCGGCUUAUUAUUGUGCUAUUUUGCAGCAACAAAAUGAUCAAACUGUUUUACCCUUAGUACAGCCUCCCCUUUUAUCUGUACCUAGUUUAGAAAGAGCUUUACGAAAUUAUAUGCAGACAUCAAUGGAUGAACCAUUUGAUAUCUCACAAAUUCCACCAGCACAAACGAUUGAAGAACCAACACAAAUAGAAGUACAUACUGCUGUGAAACAACAACAAUCUCGAUUAACACGAGAAGAAAGCUUCAUGGAAAAAUUAUCACAAAUACCACAUUUGUCAAUGAUUAUUCGCGAUUCUUCUCUACUUAAGUCAUCACCUGUAUUUGAAUUGACAGAAUCAGAAACAGAAUAUAAUGUUAAAUGCAUUAAACAUACAUUCACUGAUCUUCUCGUUUUGCAAUUCGAUUGUAUAAAUACUCUUUCUGAUCAAUUACUCGAAGAUGUGAGAGUCGCUGUGGAAUCACCUGAAGGCUAUGUAAUUGUGUGUGAAGUCCCGUGUCCACGUUUACCAUACAAUGAACUUGGCACAACAUAUACAGUAUUAAGAUACCCGGAAGAUAUUCAUGCUAGUGUUGCUACUAUUCCUACAACUUUGCGAUUUAUGGCUCGUGAUUGUGAUCCUGCGACAGGGGUUCCAGAUGCUGAUCAAGGAUAUAAUGAUGAAUAUAUGUUGGAAGAUUUAGAAAUAACUUUGGCUGAUCAAGUUCGAGGAAUUGGAAAUAGAGUAUUAGAUUUUGGUGCUGCAUGGGAUGCAGCUGCUGCGAAAGGAUUCGCGAAACUAGAAGAAACUUUUGCUUUGGGUCCAUCAGUAACCAGUUUAGAAGGAGCAAUCCAAAGUCUUACAGGAUUUUUAGGCUUGGAUGCUGUAGAUCGAACCAACCGAGUACAAUCUGGUGCUGCUGCACAUAAUUUAUUACUAAGUGGUAUUUUUAGAGGCGGAAAAGAAGUUCUUGCACGAGCAAGAUUAGCAUUAUCGGAUAAUCAAGUUACGAUGCAGCUUUCUGUUCUAUGUCAAGAUCCAGACGUUGCCGAUUUAAUUAUUUCUUCUGUAGGAUAAAUUAUUAUCAUUAUCAUUAGAUUAUAUAUAUAUAUAUAU